CUCAAAACUGAGCAUUAAUGGCCGCGGCUGCGGGAGCCACAGGCUGCUUUGCUGCACAGCUGACUGUAAUAACGUUGCCAAACUUCCCUUUCGAUUCGGGGGUUAUUGUCUAGAUUCUAAUUAAUGUCACACAUCAUGAUUAGUCCUGUUAUUGUAUACAAGAACAUCCCGCUUCCCUGGCAGUUUUAUUUUUUUAAUUGAGUGUUGUUUUUGUUUCGGACGGGGUUGUGAAGCUUGUCACUGUUUUGGUUUAGUGCAGUGGUGGUAGUUCCCUGAAUGGGAGGCCCUCGGGGUUCUGGUUUUAUUUUUUGUUUAAAAAGCGGUUGCCAGUGUAUUUUAUUUUGCGGUGUCUCUUGUUUUUGUUCCAAGGGGGCUCUGUGCCUGGUGUCCCCGAAGGCCCCGCCUUAUGUUGGAUUUGAGCGGUUUUUGUUUGUUUUUAACAGCGCAACAGCUGAUAAGGUCAGACCGUGCCUGUGGUGGAGACCUGGGGCAGCUGUAUAGCGCACCCACCCCGUGAUAUGUUAAACUAAGAAACCCACUUCACCAGCGUAACAGCGUUUCAUUCUUCGCUUGUUUGGUUGCUGUUCUUAAUUUUUUUUUUGCGCCUCUUGAGAUUAUAUUUACUGUAAACACACGUAAACAAUAAUAAUACAAUGUUUUGUAUUACUUUAGGUACCAGAGGAGUAAAGCAUAACCUGUGUUGAAUAUUGUGUUAAAGAACGGGGUUUUGCUGAAUUUCUGUUUGUUUUUUUGGAACAAGUCUGAACUUCCCCACCCCCGGAUUUUAAAUACUUUUUACUGGGUGAAAUUGAAUGGACUGACCAUUCCUUGUUAGCGUGCUUCCCUUGAGCCAGGAGGGGGGUUGAUUUGUGCUACUGCCAGAUGUUCUCGAACAAUGACGAGGCUGCUAUCAACAAGAAGCUGCCAAAAGAGCUGCUGCUGCGGAUAUUCUCCUUCCUGGAUGUAGUGACUCUCUGCCGAUGUGCCCAGGUCUCCAGGGCCUGGAAUGAGCUGGCGCUGGAUGGCAGUAACUGGCAGCAGAUUGACCUUUUUGACUUUCAGAGAGACAUUGAGGGGCGUGUCGUGGAGAACAUCUCGAAGCGCUGUGGGGGGUUCCUGAGGAAGCUGAGCCUGAGGGGGUGCCUGGGGGUGGGGGACAGCGCGCUCAGGACGUUCUCUCAGAACUGCAGGAGCAUUGAGCUGCUGAAUCUCAAUGGCUGCACCAAGAUCACGGAUGCUACCUGCAGCAGUCUCAGUAAGUUCUGUCCCAAACUUAAGCACCUGGACCUGGCCUCCUGCACCUCCAUCACCAACCUAGCCCUCAAAGUGCUCAGUGAAGGCUGCCCCCUGCUGGAGCAGCUCAACAUCUCUUGGUGUGAUCAGGUGACCAAGGAUGGGAUCCAUGCUCUGGUGCGGUGCUGUCCGACACUGCGCUGCCUGUUCCUGAAGGGCUGCACUCAGCUGGAAGACGAGGCUCUCAAACACAUCAGCGCUCACUGCCCAGAACUGAUCACCUUGAACCUGCAGACCUGCUCGCAGAUCACAGAUGAGGGUCUCCUCACUAUCUGUCGGGGGUGCCCCAGGCUGCGGUCUCUGUGUGUGUCCGGCUGUGGCAACAUCACCGACGCUAUCCUCAACGCCCUGGGGCAGAACUGCCCAUGGCUCAGAAUCCUGGAGGUGGCUCGCUGCUCGCAGCUCACUGACCUCGGCUUCACCUCUCUGGCCCGGAACUGUCACGAGCUGGAGAAGAUGGACCUGGAGGAAUGUGUGCAGAUCACAGACAGCACCCUGAUCCAGCUCUCGAUAUACUGUCCACGGCUGCAGGUCCUGUCCCUCUCUCACUGUGAGCUCAUCACGGAUGAUGGGAUCCGGCACGUUGGCAGCGGCCCCUGCGCUCAUGACCGGCUGGAGGUCAUUGAGCUGGACAAUUGCCCCCUGAUCACAGAUGCCUCUCUGGAGCAUCUCAAGAGCUGCCACAGCCUGGAGAGGAUAGAGCUGUACGACUGCCAGCAGAUCACCAGAGCGGGGAUCAAGAGACUCAGGACACACCUCCCCAAUAUCAGAGUACACGCCUACUUUGCCCCGGUGACCCCGCCCCCCUCCAUGGGAGGAAGUCGUCAAAGGAUCUGCCGCUGCUGCAUCCUGCUGUGAUGUCAAAGCAGCACCACUGACUUUGUAAAAAAUGACUAUAAUGUUUAGCUGUGCACGUCCUGGACCUCGAACACACAUUUCAACAGACGCCUGUGUGUGUGUGUAUAUGUCUAUCUGUGUGUGUGUGUGUGUGUGUGUGUCUGUGUGUAUAGAUCAUGUCGACUCCCUCAUUUCGUUGCAGUUUGAGCCACUGCAAGUUUUACUGUAAGCUUACCGUGACGUACCUUAAAUAUGAAAUAUUUUUGCAUUCUGUGUAGUUCUUUCAUCAUUAUAGAUGCACUCCAUUCAGAGAUUGGAUUUCCUAAGAAUUCAUGCAGCAUAAAAAAAAAGAAGUUAGUUCAGGGUUAAUUUAGGACCACCAGCAGAUCUGUGAACCUGUAAAAUAUAUUGAAUACAAAACAAUAUUGCUGUGACUCGCCUGUAGUUGUCACAAGCACCCAGUUAAAUAAGUAGUGGCUGAAACUGGGAUGCACUGGGAGUGUCUUUGCGUGUGGGAGCAUGCCCAGCGAAGCCUGUGUGUAGCAGUGUUGGAAAUGGUCUAUCAAGCCCUUCAUAUUAAUAUAUCCUUCCCCUUUAACCUCCACAGAACUCUGGAAAAUUGAUAUAUUUUUUUAUGAAAGAAGAGAUUUAAUCAAAGAAGAAGAAAAAAAAAAUGCCAAAUUUUGCAUGUUUCAAUGAUAGUUUUUAUAUAUAAAUGUUUUGAGAUAAAUAGAAAUGUAGUUAUCUGUGAUCACUGGUUGUGUGCAGAGCCCGAGGCAUGUUCUGUGUGUGUGAGUGUGUUGGUUGGUUGGUUGUUUGUUUGAUGCAGCAGUCUCACUGGGGUUCCAGUAGCUCUGGCACAGUCCUGGGUUCGUAUGACACUGGCACCCCAACAGACAGACAGACUUGAGAGGAAAGUGAACAGUCUUUGGAUUUGGGAUGGACAAACUGACAAGAGUUCAGGGGUUUUGAAAGGUCAGUUUGGACAGGAGGUGCUGAACUGAGCAUGCCUGGUUCUGACCCCGGGGAGGGCAGCAGAACUCAAAGGUCUGUCUCUCUGUCUGUCUGUCUUUCUUUCUCACCCAUCCCUGGAGCUGCACACCAGAGGGCACCAUUCAGUAAGAAAAUAAAGAUCCACAGUCACAAGCUUGUGGAUAUUUUUGUUU